AUGGAGACGCAUCCGUUGCUGUCUCCCAGCAACUCGAACGAAGUUCAACAGGGGUCCUUCGCCCAGGGUGUUGCUACCAGGAAGAAGAGAGGUUCGAAGUAUUGGCCCUUCUGGCUGGGCAUAUUUACAGGUCUGUGCACUAUAUUAGUGGUUGUGGGUGUGUCGUUUUCACUCCAAAGCAGGAUCCCGAGCGAGAAGGCUCUGCAGUCGAACGUUGUCGAGAUCACGAAUGUCGAUAUUGAGAAGGUUACGCUGGAUGGGUGGAGGGUCCCAGGUAAAGAGGGUUUGGACACCGAGGGAGGUAAGUUCUUGCAGAUAAGCGCCAGGGUGAACGUAUUCUUGAACUACGACGCUUUGAACGAGAGCAAAGUGCAAAUGACUUUUGAGCAACAGAAAUGGUUCAAAUGGACCAGCGAGAACACAGUCAGGACGCUGUGCAUUGAUGUCAACAACGCUACGACGUUUGGCAGGAAGCCAGACGGGAAGGACGAUGUGUUAGCAGGUGUCUACAUCCAACACCCGGUGUGUAUCGAUCUACACAAUGGGACCGUCACCAGCUUAAACGUCACGAUUCUGGUUGAGCCACACAUGAAGAACGUUCUCAAGAUAAUCAAAAAAAUCUGGAAACAAGAUUACCAAGACUUGAACUUGUGGUCCACACUGGAUAUUUCGCUGUCGAAAAAUGUCGGGAGUCUUGGGUAUCUACAUUUAUUCAGGUUGCCCAACAUCAAGAUCAACUGGAACGACAUCAUAGACUGGGACAAACUUAGUAAUCGGUUACAAUAUUUUCGAGACCAAAUUGAAAACGAUAUUAACGUCAGCAAUAUCAGAAUGGUCGAUACGGAAAAGGGAUUCGAUGUUAGGAUGGGGGUCGACCCCAUGGAAAACCCGCUUUGGCAUUUUUUAGAUGAUUUCUCGUGGUUGGAGAUUCCCCAGGCUGUAAUUCCUCCUCUUAGUUGGGUUUAUAAAGUAGCCGAUUGUUUCGGCGAUUUCUCCAUAAACCUCACUCACCUGUUAACUCACAGCAGUGCAGUAGACAUUGGCGCAAAGAAGAUUAGCCCUUCCAUGUCAAACUCAUUGACUGGACCCUUGCCCGACGAUUUUCUGUAUCAAGUUUGCUGGUCAGACGAAGAAAACACGGUGACACCCCUCACAAAAGUUUUGAAUUCGUUGUUUAACUCUUCUAACUAUCUGACCGUGGAGGCGAAAGCAGAGAUUUCCAACAGCAAACCAACCACGAGCGAUGAAACUGCUUUAAUUCCCAGCGAUAUUUUGAGCUCUAUUUUGGAAGAUGUCUCUUACUUCCCCGUCAAACAAAACGUUACUUUUAACAUGAGCAGCUUGAUUGAUGAAUUCUUCAUAGAUGGCAUGAGUCUACGUUGGAGCAACGGCAGAGUGUCAUUAGGCGGGACACUCGUUGGGAUUUUCGACCUAUCCUUCUACGAGACAAAUGAGGAAAGAAUACAUAUCACCCACAUAAAGGGGAAUAUGGAACUGUAUCAUAACGAUAGACACUUCAUCACUGUGCCUAUGAAAGUUUGGAGUAAUGCAACUUCCAAUAUAAUGCAUGACGAGGACAAUAAAAACGCAACAAUGCUAGAGUUGACUUUCGAUAUCGACGAUGAAUUUGUCCAAGUUACUAACCGCAUGGAAUUGACUAAGUGUUUCAACGAGAUAUUUUUUUCAGGUGAAACCUUGAUCACAUUUUCCAACGAUCUGGAUAUCGUUGUAGAAAGCUUUCUAGGAGACAUAGUAGUUACAGGGCUUAAAACUGAGGGCGAGACUGUUGUCCACUGA